UUUAGUUGCCUUGCCGUUUUAUCCACACCGCGUUACACGUUAUCCUAUCCUGCUCCUUCCCUCUUUUAUUCCCUUUUUUUUUUGUUCUUUCUCCAACAAAAAAAGAAAAAAAAGAAAAAAAAACAGCGCUUCCAUUCUCUCUCUCUUCAACCAUUUGAAUCCGAGCGUCCGGCGAGCGGAAUCUCGCCGGGAUCUUGCUUAGAUUGUCGCCGGAAUUCUCGUCCCAGCCGUUUCCGGCCAUGCAGGACGUUGGAUGAGAGGGGGAAAUUUGAUUUUUCCAAUUUCUUUAUUUUUUCAUCCGAAUUUUGCUUUGAUCCUCGAAGGAGAGAGAGAUCACCGGUAAUUUUGCUUCGUUUUUAUCUCUCUCGCCCGAACUUCCCCUGGAUCUUCAUCUCUGCCUGUGGCGAGGGAUGAGUUCAGGAGAGAGAAGAGAGAGAGAGAUGUACCUUUGAUCUUGUCGGUUUUCCCUUUUCUUUAAUUUUUUCCCAUUAAAAUAUUCUGCCGGUGAUCAUUAGAUAGAAGAAAAAAACAAAAAGAGCGAAGAGAAAAAAAAAUCGUUUCCCUGGUGGUUUCUCUCUCUUAUACGGUGGAGUAAUUUAGCUUGCAAUGCAGGGAAAAGAUGCUAAGAUCCUGUGCUGUUUCUUCGUUUCCUUUGCCUAGGGUUUCUCAUCCCUCUUUCUCAUCAACUUCAUCUCUCCUGUUUGUUCUGUUCUGAAGAGAGAGAGAGAGAGAGAGCAUUCAAACAAGCAAUAGCAUGCCCGGAGAAGAGUUGCGGUUGUUCACGUGAAGAGCAAUUUAGAAAAUUAAUCUAUAUUUCUUUUGAGGGAUCAUUUGGUUUGUACAAUGCCUUCUCAGACAAUGGAUCCGAGGGGUGUUUCUGCGCCAACCCACUAUUAUGAAGAAAUUUUCACUAAUUCUGAGAGGCACAUUGGUUAUCGGAAGCCGGACAGUGUACCUCAUGGCCAAGGUAAUGGUGGUAUGAUUUCAGGGAACAAUGGUAAGUUCGCUGGUCCUGUAUCAUCUGAACAGUUGCCAACUAAAGGUGUGGAAGAUAAUAUGAGAUUGUCUCCAUCAACUUUCGUUGGAGAACGGAUGAAAAAACCAAGAAGUGAAGAAAGAGGCCUUUUCAAUUUGCCUCGGAAUUCAUGGGCAUCUAUGGAUCUCCAACCAAACACAUGGUCAAAUUUGUACCUCCAGUCAGCGAGUCGUGGUAUGAAAGGAGAGACUGAUGUUCAUGGCAUUGGUUAUGAAAGCAGCCUUUUUUCAAGCUCGCUAUCUGAAUUAUUUAGUAGAAAAUUGAGACUGUCACAAAAUGAUAUCUUGCCUCUGGAUCCUGGCAAUCGAGUUGCUUCUGAAAAUGAGGAUGCGGAACCUUUUGAAUCUCUCGAAGAAAUUGAGGCGCAAACUAUUGGAAAUCUACUUCCUGAUGAAGAUGAUCUAUUUUCUUGCGCAAUUGGUGAAGAAAGAAAUAAUUCUCGUGCAAGUAGUGGGGAUGACUUUGAAGAUUUUGACUUGUUUAGCAGUGGUGGUGGCUUGGAACUAGAAGGGGAUGAGCUUAAAAGAGGCAGGGGCUUAAAUGGUUUUCAUAUUGGUGAUCACCCUCAGAGCAAACGUCCUUCUAGAACACUUGUUGUCCGGAAUAUUGAUGGCAGUAUUGAGGAUUUUGAGCUGAAGCCCGUUUUUGAGCAAUUUGGAGGUAUCCACACUUUUUAUUCAGCCUGCAAGCAUCAUGGAUUGGUUAUGAUUUCUUAUUACGAUAUAAGAGCUGCGCAAAAUGCAAUGAGAUCGCUUCAAUGGAAGCGCUUUGGACGACAUAACCUUGAUAUUCAUUAUGCUGCUCAAAAGGAGAAUCUGUCCGAAGAAGAUAUUAACCAAGCCACCUUGGCAGUUUCCAACCUAGAUUCUUCUCUGUCAAAUGACAAACUUCUCCAAUUUUUUGAGGUUUUUGGAGAAGUUAAGGAGAUUUAUGAAACUGCACUGAAGAAGUUCAUAGAAUUCUAUGAUAUUAGAUCUGCUGAAGCUGCAUUCUAUUCUUUGAAUGGGACUGAUGUUGCUGGCAAGCAGAUUAAGCUUGUGCGAGGCAAUCAAGGGGAUGAUUUUGAAAAUCUAGCACUUGCUCAUAUGGCAAAUGUUUCCUUCCAUAACCCAGCUCGGUCACCGUUGAACUCAUUUGCUGAACGUCAUCAGAGUUCUGGUGUUCAUAUUAGCUCGCCCUCAGCAGGGAUGAUGCCCUUCGACGAACCAACUGGUGGUGUUCAGGAGCUCCACCGGUCUUUGAAUGGUUCGGGUAACCAAGCUAUUCCAAACAUCCAUCCUCACUCCUUUCCUGAAUACCAUGAAGGCUUCGCCAUUGGUAAUACAUAUAAAGCUUCGACGAAUUCUAUGGAAGUGGUCGGAAAUGGUGUGAAACUGAAUGGAGGAUUUAAUAAUACUGCUGGUUGUACUGGUUCUGCAGCCUCUAAUGGACAUCCUGUUGGAACGAGCCCAGGCAGUUUGGGAUCACUGGGAAAUGGGCAGAGUGUUCACGUAAAUCAUCGCAUUUGGAAUAACAAUUCACAGCCCGUAAUGAAUCAUGUGAUAUGGCCUCAUUCCCCUUCUGGCAUCAACGGUGUUCAUGCUCAUCGCUUUCAGCCCGUUGCUGCAUUUCCCAGGCAACCACCUAUUCUUGUCAAGCUAGCUUCUCAUGUGCAUCACCACAUUGGAUCAGCACCCACAAUAAAACCCACUCAAUGGGAUAGAAGACAUGCUUACUUAGCAGAUUCUGCGGAAUCUCCAUCCCAUCCCAUGGACAUUUCCUCUCAUAAUGCCUUUGCUCGUGUCGCUGGAAAUCGCAUGGACAUGUCUAUGUCUCCCAUGAAUGUCGGACCAUGGUCUCCUCAUCUCUUUCCAGGAAGGAAUUCACUGAUAUCUUCUUUCGAAUCUCCUCCCAUGGAACGGGGCAGGAGUUUCUCUCACCGGAGAAAUGAUCUGAGCUCUAACAAUGGUGACAAGAAACAGUUUGAACUUGACCUUGACCGUAUACUGCAAGGGGAAGACAGCAGAACGACGUUGAUGGUAAAGAACAUACCCAAUAAGUAUACAUCUAAGAUGCUUCUUGCUGCAAUAGACGAGCAUUGCAAAGGAACUUAUGAUUUCAUCUAUCUCCCAAUUGACUUCAAGAAUAAAUGCAAUGUGGGGUAUGCUUUCAUCAACAUGACCGAUCCUAAGAACAUUAUUCCAUUCCAUAAGGCAUUUGAUGGGAAGAAGUGGGAGAAAUUCAACAGCGAGAAGGUAGCUUCAAUCGCGUACGCGAGGAUUCAGGGAAAAGCAGCUCUGAUUGCGCAUUUUCAGAACUCGAGCUUAAUGAACGAAGACAAGAGGUGCCGCCCUAUUCUCUUCCACACCCAUGGUCCUAAUGCCGGUGAUCAGGAACCGUUUCCGAUGGGUAAUAACGUAGUACGUGCAAGGCCAUGCAAGUCGGCAUCACGUAGCGUUAACGAGGACAGCUACUACAGCCAUGGCAGCUCUUCUUUUCACUCUUAACUCAGCGACAACAACAACUACUAACCGUAGACGAAACCCUUAUCUGCACAUAUAUAUAUGUAUAUCUAUAUAUAUAUAUAAUUAUCAAGGGAGGAAGAGAAGACGUGAAGUGAGCUUCUCAGGCAUCAUCGUCAUCAUCAACCUCAGUUGUGUUGUACAAUUCUGGAGGCGUUUUCCAUGAAAACUCGGUUAUUACAACUCUUUCUUUCAUCCUUCUUUUUUCCUUUUUCCGAUUCUUGGCAUGAAAACUCCGAUGCCCCAUGGUAAAGUUUUCCGGUGUACAGAAAAGUUUCUCCGCCCUCGGAAAAAACCCGCGGAUGGGAUCGGAUCGGAUCCUGAUCAUAUCGGGUUUUUUUUUUCUUUUUGCAAAAUUCUCUUACCAUGGUUUAUGUUUAUGUUGUGUAUCUUGGAUCGGUCGGAACAUUGUUGUAUCAUUCUUCCUGCCCUUUUGGGAGGGGAAAGGCUCCGGAGGUUUUUGUGUUCCUCCGGCUGCCGCCGGCAAAAAAAAAAGGUUUAUUUUCUCUUUUUA